GAGAGCAGCUCCCUUUCAUUCCAGUUCAAUCGUGCAAGCUGCUUUUGUGGAUACGUGACCGAAUCCCAUCCCAAAAAAAAAACCCAUGCAAGAAGCACCCCAAGUGACCAAACCGGGUUAUCGCGAUCCCCAUCCACACACCCCCUGUCAGCACCGUUCUCCAAAACCUGCCCUUCCUUUGAUUUCCUGUUUGCGGAAGUCACGCUCUAGAUAGGCGCGCGCACAAGACGCAUUUGCACAGCCCCUAAAAUAAAUGCAGUGGGACGACGACAGCCUGGGCAAAUGCAUUAAAAUUCCUGGGCUUGGGCACGCGCGCGAGGGGGGGGGGAGUGAGCAUGUCCACACACUACUCAUCUGCAUUUUCAGACCAGCGCCUAAGAAAUGGGAAGUGGGUGCGGGGUGGGGAACUGAAGCACCACAUGAGGAGGGAUAUCGCCGCCCUUCUUUGCACUUUUGCUCCGUGACCCCGCCGCCGAGGGCAGCCCGACAGCCACGCGCCCGAGCUCUCCACAAGCCCCGCGGCGACGGCGAGAGGAAGCGCGCACUGCUUAAGUCCCAGUUACUAUUACUAUACCCGGCAGCAAGAGUGGAGGGGGAAAGGGAGCGGAGGGCGGCGCGCUACACACCCAGGAGGAGACCGUCCAUGUCAAAGAUGAGAUUCUGGACUUAAUGGUCUUACUGGACAGGGAAUAGGAUAGGGGCGUCUCUAAGUGGCAUAGCAGCUGACAUUCUGAGCAGGUAUUUGGAGUCAGUAAUGAACUGGGUGAGAAAAUAAACUGAAGCAUAACCCAAACAAGACAGAGGCGUUGGUAACUUUUUGAAGCAUCCUUGCCCUAAAGCAGCAGAAUGAUGAUCCUUCUUCCUGUGAUGCUUUAUCUGUGGCCUGUAAGCAAUGCUAUUAACGAAAGGAUUUCAAAGCCCAAUAUUGUAUUAUUCAUGGCUGAUGAUCUUGGCAUUGGAGACCUGGGAUGCUAUGGAAACACAACUUCAAGGACUCCUAACAUUGACAAGUUAUCUAAAGAAGGAGCAACACUGACUCAACAUAUAGCAGCUGCACCACUAUGCACCCCAAGCAGGGCAUCUUUCUUGACAGGCCGCUAUUCUGUCAGAUCAGGAAUGGCUAGCCUGCACAAAGUUGGGGUCUUCUUGUUUUCUGCUUCUUCUGGUGGACUCCCUAUGGAAGAAAUAACAUUUGCUAAACUUCUCCAGCAGAGGGGUUAUUCUACAGCUCUCAUAGGAAAAUGGCAUCUUGGGAUUAACUGCAACAGCAGUGAUGACUUCUGCCACCACCCUUUAAAUCAUGGAUUUGAUUACUUCUAUGGGGUGCCUGUGAACAAUCUUAGGGACUGUAAACCUGGUCACGGAAGCGUGUUUGGUGCUGGACUGAAGAUGCACACUCGUGCAGCGCUCCAGAGCAUGGGGAUUGCUCUGAUCUCUUUGGCGGUUCUGAAUUACAUUGGCCUUAUCAGAGUUCCCCGCAGAGUACUGGGCUACUUCUUCUUAAUAGCUGCAGUGAUAGUUGGAGUUUUGCUGCUCUUCUUUUAUAACUUCCGGAACCUUAACUGCUUCUUGAUGCGAAAUCACAGUAUUAUCCAACAACCCUGGAACUAUGAGAACCUCACUCAGAGAUUCACAGAGGAAGCCAAAAGAUUCAUAGGAAGGAACACCAACGCACCAUUUCUUCUUUUUGUGGCUUACACUCAGGUCCAUACAGCUCUUUAUGCAUCCCAAGCUUUCAGAGGAAAAAGCAAACACGGAUUAUAUGGAGAUGCCCUGGAAGAAAUGGACUGGAGUGUAGGGCAGAUUCUCCAUGCAUUAGAUCAAUGGCACCUACGUGAGCAGACUCUUGUGUACUUCACAUCUGAUCAUGGGGCACAUGUGGAAGAAAUAUCAGCCAACGGAGAAGUCCAGGGUGGUUACAAUGGAAUAUAUAAAGGUGGAAAGUCUACAAGUUGGGAAGGAGGGAUUCGAGUACCUGGUCUUCUCCGCUGGCCUGGAGUGUUUAAGCCUAGCACACAUAUCGAUGAGCCUACAAGUAAUAUGGAUAUAUUCCCCACAAUAGUUAAACUUGCUGGAGCAUCACUGCCCAGUGACAGGUAUGGAAUGUUGUUUCAUUUGUCAUAAAAGACGUAACAUCCAAAAAUAACAAACCUCUGCUGCCUUUGAAGGCACUUUCAACAGUCCUAAGAAUAACUUGUUCUCGGUAAUAUUUUAUUUUUUUUUA